UUAUCAGUAUUGUAAUAACUUAUUGGCACUAAUAAUUAACUUACUUGUGAGAUACGUUAUGCAAUUAACAUUAUUUAUUUUUUUUGCUUAAAGAACUAUGUCAGAUCCUGGAUUGUCAUUUGAUGAAGAAGCACUUUCACCAGACAUCUUCAGCGAUGUAAUAGAUAACUUGACAAAUAACCCCGUAAAUUCUGAUGAUUCAAAUUCAAUGUCUGUUGAUGUUAAUGAACCUGAACCUGCGGAUGAUGUACCUGAAUGGAAAGGAAUGAGUAUGGAUGAGAUUCAUAAGGGUUUAGGUGUCUAUGACUGUCAAGAAUUGCCACCUAUAUGCCCAUCUUCAACUCAUACAGUAUUAGUAUCGUUACCAUUACCUGCAAGAGGAACACCUAAACCAUAUCCUAUGCAUCAGGUAGACAAAUGGAGUCAAGAUUAUGUAAGGAUGCCACAUUCAAAACAUAGUGUAUAUCCAAUAGAUGAGAACGGAACUCGUCGUUAUCGUAAUAGGUGGGAAAUAAUACAGGAAGCAUUGCUUCAAAAUUUUGUUUCAACUCAACAAUUAGAAAGCGCAAUACUUUCUUAUAAUCACAUGUAUGCACAGCGUUGGGAUUUUACUGCAUUGCAUCAUUUCUUUUCUGAGGUUGUUGAUGAAGAAGAAGCAAAUAUUUUCUUUGAAGUAUUAUUACCAAAAUUGGUUCAGCUUGCUUUGCAACUCCCUGUUUUAAUAACUGGUCCAGUGCCUCUUUUGAAACGUCACACUAAUGGAACAAUCAGCCUAAGCCAGUUACAAAUAGCCUCUUUACUAGCUAAUGCAUUUUUCUGUACAUUUCCGAGACGUAACUCGACUAAUCCACAAUCUGAAUAUGGAAGAUACCCGUACAUCAAUUUUAAUAGAUUAUUUUCAGCAUAUAAGCAGGAAAAAUGGAAUAAAUGUGAAUUCAUUACGGAAAAAAUGAAAUGUAUAUUUCAUUAUUUUAGAAGAGUAACAUCCAAAGCCCCAGAAGGUAUGGUAACAAUUCAGCGGCGUUAUAUUCCAAAAUCAGACUGUCCAAAAUGGGACGAUCAGGUACAAAAACUAUUACCAUUACAUAUUACAAGCAGAGGGACUAUUGAAGCAGAAGGGACUGGACUUCUUCAAGUAGAUUUUGCAAAUAAAUAUGUUGGCGGCGGUGUGCUUGGUUUAGGAUGUGUACAAGAAGAGAUAAGAUUUGUAAUAUGUCCUGAAUUAAUGGUAACAAUGCUGGUUACUGAAGAAUUAGAUGAUACCGAAGCAUUGAUUGUGUGUGGUGUCGAAAGAUACAGUAAAUAUAAAGGCUACAGUAGUAGCUUUAAAUGGAUAGGAGAUUUCGUUGAUGAAACUCCUAGAGAUAUUAGCGGUAGGCGGCUAACAUCUAUUGUCGCUAUCGAUGCACUUUAUUUUACCCACCCACAAUCGCAGUUCAAUAUAAGUAAUAUAACAAGAGAACUUAAUAAGGCAUAUGUUGGAUUUGUUGGUUGCGAAGGUAAUAAAAAUAAUCUUCCUCCUGUGGGUACCGGAAACUGGGGAUGCGGAGCCUUCCGGGGAAAUCCGAAAUUAAAAGUUCUAUUGCAGUUAAUGGCUACAGCAGUAACAGGUCGAUCUAUGGUUUAUUUUACUUUUGGCGAUACAGCUUUACGGGAUGAAAUUGCCGAGAUGUAUAUGCAUUUUGUAAAACAUGAGAUAACUAUAGGUCUCAUCUUUUCGUUAUUGAGGCAGUAUCAAGAAUUUGCUCCGACCGGAAAUCUGGAUUUUUAUCGUUUUUUAUAUAAUCGAAGUAAAAUCAAACCACUGUCUCAAAAUUUAAAUAAAAAUGUUCAUACAAUGUUUUCUACAACGAAGGAAGUUGUUUUAAAAAAGAAUAAAAGCAUUACCAAUGGUGAAAAACGACCUCUUCAUUUGGAUAUUAAGAAGUAUCAAAAUACAGAAGAAGAAAAUAUACAGACAUGGUUGAGUAAUAUUGACGAAGAGGCCACAAAUAAAAAGAAAACGGAUAUUCCAGUGGAAGAAUAUUUAGAAGUUAAAAAUAUCGCGGAAAAAGAACCAAUUCAGAAUAAAGAUAGCACAAACAAAAAAGAACAAAUCCAAGACGACGAUAAUACAGAGAAAAAAAGGAAACAAUCAUUGUGGAAAAUUUUAGGUGAUACAACACAGAAAACAAAUCAGGAACGUCGAUUGUCUGGUCUUGAAUUAUUUGAUGCAGAACAAGAACUUGUUUCUUGUCAGGCUGGUAAUAGUUGUAGUGAAUCAACGGAAAAUAAAAAUUGGCCGUCGGUAGUAACAUCUACAGAUUCGCAUAGUUCACACGAAUCAAUUAAAAUAUCAGGCGAAAAUCCUACGUCUUCGUGUAACCGAAACGAUUCGCCGACGAAAAAAGCUGGGCAGCGAAAAAUUUCAGACUUUUUUCAACGAACCAGCUGAAGAUUUAAAGUUGAAGACUUCUGUUAAUCAGACAUACUAUAAUACAAGAUUUUGUAAUAAUACAUACUUUGUACAUAAUGUAAUAAUGAAAACAAAUAAAGAAGUAAUUUUGAGAA